CGUAAACCACACCUGCCUAAAACCUCCCCGCUUCGCAGCGCGAUGGCUCGCCCCUGUGGGGAUUCAAUGAGACCUUAGCGUGAAAUUGACGUCAGCUACAAGAAUGUUUGCAGUCUUGAACUUUGCACCGGUCAAUCGUGCUGGUGUGGCUGGCUGGCACGAUUACCCCUCGCACGCGUCGCCCAGUCUACCCCGGGGGUACCGUCGCCCAGUCUACCCUGGGGGUACUCUAAUCUUGAAGGGAGCUCCUACAUGGGUUUGAUUUUGGGCAUUUUGGGUGUGCUGAAAUGUGCUUGUCGCGGCUUGCCGAAUUUUGCACCGGCGAACUCCAAGCUAAAAGACCAGUGACUUGGCAAAUCCUUGUAAUGACGUUUAGCUUGAAAUGGAGCUUCAGCGCUUGGGCAUCUCUGUCCGCGAUGCUUCGGCUAGCACUUUCCGGUUUUUCUGUGAUGCAUGCCGUCAAGAGUUUUUCGACUUUACAAAUAGCCCAUUACAACCACUAUUCGUUAAAUGUAUGUUGGAAAACGCGGAAAAACCGACAACAACCCUAGUCAGUACCGUAAUGCCGGCAACAGCAGCGGUGCGAACGGGGCCAGUGGUGCUCUCAGCAGCCUGCGGUCUUCGACCGGCUCGCAGGCGGGGGCUGUGCCUCCUCUGGCGGCGGCCAUGGUGUCUGCCCCUGGCCCGGAUGGCCUGACCGAGCUGGCGGCGCUGCCGCAGCAGCCGACCUGGAGCUCCCGCCCCACCAGCGGCACCGCCAGCUCCGCCGCUUCCCGGACCGCAGCUGCCGCCGCCUCUGCUGCCGCUGGCCUGGCCACCGCCGUACCGCGUGUUAGCGCCAGCAGCAACAGCAUCCUAGACAACGGGUAGCACCCCUGAGGGCUCUCCAUUGAAGACUGCAUUGAUUGGUCACAACUAUUAUGUUGUUAUGGACAUUGACGCCUCAACUUUCAAGUGCACUGGUCGAGGAACUCAGGCUGCUUUGUGUCAAUGAAUGCGGAAAGGGACAAUCUGAACAACGCGCACGGGGCUACGAUGCUAGGUCCAGACCCCCGCCCUGCAAAACCUCCCGGACCCCCCUGAUCGGUAACCGACCGUGCCGUACCUCGCCGCACACCCCUUAAAACCCCUCUGUUUUUGGGCGAUAUCAACAUAUAAACACGGCAAGUUCGCAGGGCUUGUCUUGCCCACAGUCAUGACCGGUUCUGCUAGGCUCCUGACAUUCCCCAGCCUAUGCAAGCUUCUAUUUGGUGCUUUUUGCAGCAGCCUGGGCUUGCCACCCCAGGGUAGGCUCUGGACGCGAUGGGACAGGGUAAGGGGCAGGUUGGUGUAGUUUCAUAGUGUGCAGCGUAUUCCUAGACCUCAACAUCCAAUGUGCGACGUCAAGGCAAGAUUGCAUGGCUGGUUUAACGCCGGAGGUAUUGUACCGAGAAAUCGCUGACUUGCUGGCAGGCUGGUAGUUUGCUGGAGGGCCCAGGACAGGGCAGCAAGGCACACCACAUUCCCGACACUGGCGGUGCCAGCCCGGCAGGCGGCUGGACGAGCCACAAGUCAGCACGCGUAAAACGUCCUUCAGCGGAUUCAGGCAAACUACCUAUCGUCACAACCAGGAGCGUUUGUUGUCCGGAGCGCAGCGAGGGGCGAAGGUCCCCAAGAAAUGAAGAAACACACCUGGUUGUGCGGCGGUCUGGCGCCGAGUGCCGUUCGGAGCGGGGGAGCGAGGUAGGGGCUGACUCAGGGCUGACUACCCCCUUCGUCAGCAAACAUAAGUUUCCUUGCGAAUACAUGCACGAAUACUCGAAUAGGACAACACAUACAUGGUGUGUUUGUGUAGGGAGUGCUUAUAAUUUCACCCUGGGGAACCCAACGUGUGUGGAUGCUGUACCCACGCACUCAAUCAUCCCCGCAGGACCAUCAGCCAUUCAGACUUCUUAGGUCUUACCCCCAUGGCACUGGUUUGUCGGCCCAUGACUACAGCUCGAUGCGUGCCCAAGGCGCCUUGCUGUCUCUGUUGAAGGAUGGCACGGCUACGACCGUGCCGAGGAAC